GCGCUCCAGGCGGUUGUCGGCUGGUAUGUGGUCGCCUGGCCCCGCGAGGCGGGCCGGGUGCCGCCGCGGCGUCUGCGUGCCGCCCGUCACAGUCCUGCUGCUCCUGGUGUGUCUCAGCACGAGAGGCGGUGGCCUGCCCCCCAUCAUCAACAUCGGUGCCAUCUUCACCGAGGACCAGCGGGACAGCGCAGCCGAGCUCGCCUUCAAGUACGCCGUCUACCGAAUCAACCAGGACCCCAUCCUGCUGCCGCACACGGAGCUCCGCUUUCACAUCGAGUACGUGGCGCGUGAGGAUUCGUUCCACGCCGCCAAACAGGCCUGCCGGCUGGUGGGGGGCGGGGUGCACGCGCUGUUCGGCCCCACGGACCCGCUCCUCGGCACGCACGUGCACUCCGUCUGCGACGCGCUCGACAUCCCGCACCUCGAGGUGCGCCUCGACCCGGACACCCACUACCGCGAGUUCUCCAUCAACCUGCACCCGAGCCAGGACAUGCUGAACCGGGCCUUCAUCGACCUCAUGGGCUUCCUCAACUGGACCAAGGUGGCCGUCAUCUACGAGGAGGACUCGGGGCUGAUGCGGCUGCGUGAUCUGGUGCGGGAGGACACGGAGCUGUACGUGCGCCAGGCCGACCCGGCCUACUACCGGGCCGUCCUCAAGGACAUCAAGGCCAAGGAGAUCUACAACCUGAUCGUGGACACGCGUGCCGACACCAUGCGCUUCUUCCUGCGCGAGGUGCUCCAGCUGCAGAUGAACGACUACAAGUACCACUUUGUCUUCACUACGUUUGACAUGGAGAGCUUCGACCUCGAGGACUUCAAGUACAACUUCGUCAACAUAACGUCCUUCCGCAUCGUGGACGCGGAGGACAUGUCGGUCCGGGAGGUCCUCAAGGACAUGGAGGUGAACCUCAACAAGAGCAAAGGCAUCCAGGCGCACCAAAACUUUCUUGAUUGGCUGUACCUCCCCGGGGGGGCGUAUAUGGUGCGAACUGCUCUGUAUCACACACACACUCCGGUUGUCGUCCCGGUCCGGUGUCGUCCUGACCAGGAGUUCCCCUACGUGAUGAUGCACUACGAGAAGAACUACACGGGCAACGCGCGCUUCUACGGCUUCUGCGUGGACCUGCUGGCGCGGGUGUCGCGGGAGGUCGGCUUCGACUACAUCAUCGACCUGGUGCCGGACCGGAAGUACGGCGCCCAGGACCCCGCCACAGGCGAGUGGAACGGGAUGGUGCUGCAGCUCAUGAAACACAAGGCGGACCUGGCCGUGGGCUCCAUGACCAUCAACUACGCCCGCGAGAGCGUCAUCGACUUCACCAAGCCCUUCAUGAACCUCGGGAUCAGCAUCCUGUUCAAGGUGCCCACGUCGCAGCCGACCCGCCUCUUCUCCUUCAUGAACCCGCUCUCGGUGCACGUGUGGAUGUUCGUGGUGCUGGCCUACAUCCUGGUCUCGCUCACCAUGUACGUGACGGCGCGCUUCUCGCCCUACGAGUGGCGCGGGCCGCUCGAGUUCGCCGCCAACCACUUCAGCAUCGUCAACUGCUUCUGGUUCGCCAUCGGCACCCUCAUGCAGCAGGGCUCGGACCUCAACCCCAGGGCGGCCUCGACGCGCAUCGUGGGCGGCAUUUGGUGGUUCUUCACGCUCAUCAUCAUCGCCUCGUACACGGCCAACCUGGCCGCCUUCCUCACCGUCGAGCGGAUGAUCACGCCCAUCGAGAACGCCGAGGACCUGGCCGGCCAGACGGACAUCGCCUACGGCACCCUGGAGGGCGGCUCCACCAUGACCUUCUUUAGGGACUCCAUGAUUGAGACGUACAAGAAGAUGUGGCGCUUCAUGGAGAACAAGAAGCCCUCCGUGUUCGUAUCGACGUACGAGGAGGGCAUCCAGCGGGUGCUCCAGGGCAACUACGCCUUCCUCAUGGAGUCCACCAUGCUGGACUACAUCGUCCAGCGGGACUGCAACCUGACAAGCAUCGGGGACCUGCUGGACUCCAAGGGCUACGGCAUCGCCACCCCCAUCGGGUCGCCGUGGCGGGACAAGAUAUCGCUCGUCAUCCUGGAGCUGCAGGAGAAGGGCGAGAUCCAGAUGCUGUACGACAAGUGGUGGAAGAACAUGGGCAGCACUUGCGAACGCGCCGAGAAGGGCAAGGAGAACAAGGCCAACUCGCUCGGGGUGGCCAACAUCGGCGGCGUGUUCGUGGUCUUGCUCUGUGGACUGGCCGUCGCUAUGACCGUGGCCAUUUUUGAGUUCUGCUAUUUCACUCGCCGGAUCAGCGCGCGCUUCGAGAUGGUAAGUAGUGCUGACGGUGGGACUUGUUGGAGAGCUCUGCGACGGGACCCGCUCACUGCCGCCGGCCCUCCCCCCCUCUCUCUCUCUCUGCAGGCCUUCCCGCAGCCGUCGCUGUGCUCGCAGAUCGCCGACGAGCUGUGCCUGGCCGUCACCUGCGACUCGCGCCCCGUCCACCACAUCGUGGCCGCCUCGCUGCCGCCUCCGCCGCCCGCACCGCCGCCGCCGCGCGCCGCCGUGCGCUCGCGCAGCCUGGGCGCCCUGCCGCAGGCCGUGCCCGCGCUGGCGCCCGUCGCGCCGCGCCACCCGCGCCACCAGGACGACCUGGCGUUGUGCACGCUGCCGCCGCCGCCGCCACCGCACCUGCUGGCCCUAGGAGAGGCGGACGAGCCGUGCCUGGUGCACACGGCGCUGCAGGCGGUGCAGCACCAGCACCACCACCAUCACCACUACCACCACCACCUGCCCACCUAGCAGCGGCCGCCCCCGGCGCCGGCGUGCGGCUGCCGGUGCGUCGGGGGCGUGCAGCAGGACGGGGGCGUCGGGCACCUCGGCGAGCACCUCGGCGUGCUCCAGUCGGCGUCCUGGCAGCCGUGCGGCGCGCACGGCGGCCCGCUGUGCGCGGCGUGCGCGUGUACGAGCAUGGCGACGUCGGGGCAGCACGUCGGCACGUGGCCGCCGCGCUGCUCGCACGUGCACGCGCAGGCGCACGCCCCCGAGCACCUGCAGCAGCACCUGCGCCACCAGCUGCAGCACCUGCAGGCCCUGCCGCCGCAGCGCCCCGAGCGCAGCGCGCCCUCGCUGGCCGUUUUCCCCGACUGCUCCCGCUGGUACAUUACCGCCUAACGCCCCGAGCACCUGCCGCAGCACCUGCAGGCGCUCGAAAGCGCUGGCGGUGUGCUCCGACCGACUGUUUCCGCUGGCACAUCCGCCUCUAUGCCCCGACCACCUGCAGCGCAGCUCUUGCGGCACCAGCUGCAGCACUUUUCAGGCCCUGACGCCCUAUCGCUGGCCGUGCGCCCUGACCCCCUGACCCCGUUCUUGCCGGCACAUCACCACCACCUAAACGCCCCAAACGCACAACGCCGAACGGACGUCGUGGCCGUAACGGGCUUCGCGACCGUCGCGACGGACGUCACUCGGACACGGUCUCGGUGACCUUGCUCACAAACCGACGACUUUGGGCUCAAUUGAACUUAAACAUUGUGAUCGAACCGCUAUGGUUGUACUGACGUCAGGUAGAGGGCGCCAUAAAGACACAUAGGUAUAAAAAUUAUGACCUCAUCCCGUCUGUUUCGCGUCACUUUUGAGGAAUAGUCCGUUAUUUUUUACAUGAUGUGUGGGGCACAAAAAUGAGCCAACCUUUUAAAACUGACCGGGCUUCGUGCCCGGUGCCGCACUGCCCCUUGCAGGCAGAUGACUGCCGUUUUUAACUUUAUUCUGUGUUUGGAGUCGUGAGAUUGGCUGACAAAGCUCUUGGUGGGCUUCGCACAAAAGCUCAAGAGCUUGGAAGCUGAUGUGAACCUCCACCUACUCGUUGGAUGGCACUCGCAACCCUCUUUAUGUACCUUAUUUCCUUUUUUGGUGUUUUUAUGUUCACUUUAUAUUGAAAGAAAGAAAAAUCAUUUUGUCUUUGUCGCACUUCAAUGUCCAGCCACGUUUGUAGACCCAAAUGGGUCAGUGUGGUGAAAGGCAUUCAAAAAUUUUUGAUGGAACAUCUCAAUUUUCCAGGGCAAUUUUAUUAUUUAUUUUUAAUUGUUUCUUUUUUAGUUUUUGUACACCAAUUUGUGAAGUAAGGUACCCCAACGACUGUUUCAUAAAGGUACAUGUUGCCGUUUGGUGUGACAAAGUUUGUUGCCAUGAAUUGUGUUCAUUAUGAAAAGAGAUUAGCAUAAGUUGUACAAUAUUUACAAACUAAGGGGAAAAUGGGGAUCAUUUUAUCACAAUUUUUUUCAUGUUCAUAAUUUCAUAACUAAUGUGUUAUAUGUUAAGGAUACAAUUAUAUAUUUUACAGUUUAUAGUUAUUAGCAUAAGUCAUUCAACGUGUUAACCAAUCAGAUAUUUCCAAACGUGCCUGUGUAAUUGUAUCUUUUAGAAAUAAAGUACUCACCGU